AUGGGGAAUAACAAAUCUAUGGCUGGUGGCCAGACAGCAAUUCAUACACAAGACACCUACGUGUGGUACAGAACAUUCAUGAUGGAAUAUCCAUCCGGCCUGCAAACACUACAUGAAUUUAAGACACUUUUGGGUCUGCAAGGUCUAAAUCAAAUGGCCAAUCAGCAAGUUGAUCAAGUUUAUAAUACCUUUGAUAUGAACAAGGAUGGAUUUAUUGACAUUUUGGAGUUUAUUGCUGCUGUAAAUCUAGUUGUACGAGGAAAAAUGGAGCAAAAAUUAAAAUGGUAUUUUAAGCUAUAUGAUGCUGAUGGAAAUGGUUCUGUUGACAAAAAGGAACUACUGAACAUCUUCAUGUCUGUGCAAGCCAUCAAAGGCCAGCAAACGCUGAGUCCUGAGGAAUUCGCCAACUUGGUGUUUCAUAAGAUCGAUAUAAACAAGGAUGGUAAGGGAGUCACUCUCCUCUUGAUCACUUUUCUUACAACGAGAAUUGACUUUAGAAGAAUUUAUCAAUGGCAUGGAAAAAGAUCAGGACCUCCUAGAGAUUGUUUCAAAGAGCUUCGACCUUUCAGACAUGCUGAAAGUAAUCUGUAA